UGUCAUGUGAGCCUAGUAGGCGGUACACAUGGAAGGAAAUGGCGUCGGUUGAGCUUGAGAAGGGAUUGAUCGACAAUGUGGUAUACGAAGACGGGGAGGAGAAGGAGAAUAGGGGAAACAAGGAUAUCAAAGACAGCCCAACCGCCUGGAUACUCUGUGUAUGCGCUGUGUUUGACCAAUUGUUUAUCAAUGGUUUGAUAAACAUUUACGGUGUGUUUUACGUGAAGUUUGUAGAGGAAUUUGGAACCACCAAAGCCAAAGCAGCUUGGUUGGGUUCGCUGACGUAUGGGAUGAUGAAGUUGUUUGCGCCAGUCGUCAGCAUCCUUGUGCGCCGAUACACAAACCGGAUGUCAAUGAUCACCGGAUGUGCCUUCUGCGCCGUCUCUGUAUUUUCCACUUCCUUCGUGACCAACAUCGAUGUGAUGUUUGUAACCUUUCCCUUCCUCUACGGCAUUGGAUUCAGCCUUGUUAUCAACCCUGUCAUGGUGAUAGCUAACGGCUACUUCGACAAAUACCUUGGUCUCGCUACUGGUUUGGUUUGUGCUGGUAGCAGUCUGGGGACCAUUACCCUGGCGCCGGUCUGCCAGCGACUGGUUGACACUGUCGGCUGGAGAAUGACCUUCAGGUAUAUGACCGGAGCCUACAUCGCUCUCUGCUUCCUCAACCUCCUCAUCAAGCCGCUCCCCCGGGGGUCGCAGCGUCCGAUAGACAACAUAAGUCAGCCUGUGAUCCGGGGACUUAUUGAAGACCUGAAGCUGUGGAAGAAUCGCGUGUUCGUGUUGUGGGCUGUGGCAACGGCGUUCGUAAUGUUUGGGUACUUCAUACCUAACGUGCAUCUAGUAUCUUAUGCCAUGAGUCAGGGUAUAUCAGCCGAUACUGCAGCCUACCUCCUCAUGGCGCUAGGGUGCGCCACCACCAUCGGUCGUAUACUGUCUGGCAAGAUUGUCCAAUAUGGCUUCCUGAACCGCCUCCAUCUCCACCAACUUACAAUGAUCAUCACGGGCACGGCGUUCAUGAUCCUACCCAGUAUUGAAUCGUUUGCUGGUCUCCUGGCAUACUCCAUCGUCCUGGGGCUCGUGGACGGGUGCUACGUAGUGCUGCUGCCUAUACUGACGAGCUCCCUGAUUGGAGCUGACAAAGCUGUUCUAGCCUGGUGCUUCAUGUCCUGUGUCUGUUCCCUGACGUUUACACUGGGGCCGCCAGUGUCAGGUUUCCUCUGCGACAUGACCGGCAACUACAACGUCGCCUUUCACAUCGCUGGCAUCCCAGUAAUCCUUGGUGCUGCCAUCUUAUUCUUUGUGCCCUGGGCCCAGCGCACCUCCACCACGACCAAUGUAAUGCGGGUCAUCAGCACAGAGGCUGAGGAUCAUCCAAGGGGAUCUGCCGGAAGUUCAGCUUCAGGAUCUUCUGAUGAGACGAUUCAUCUCUCCAUCCCAGAGACCGGAACAGUUCCUUAUGCCGGCGUGCCGUGCUUCAUAGAUCCAUACUAUGGUUCGGCCAAACAGAAUAGCCAAGCAGAGAACACGGGCAGAAAACAAGAUGAGGCGAGGAAACAUGUUGUUGGCGUUCAUCCUACGGGUGGAUCUGUUCCUGAUAAUUGCACAUUUGAAUUUGGUCACGAUGCACAUGAAGAGCAGUCCAAUCCCAUGCCACACAACUCAGCACCGACGUUCGAUGCUUUAGGCAACUUAGGCCAGUCACAGUUUAUUUCCAUCCCGAGACGGGGCUAUCCUUUCAUUGAUGGCUACUUGGAGGAAUUGCGUAAGGCAGUAUACCGCACCCAAAACCUUCAGUGUUCCCAAGGACUGGUACCACCACCGUCCCCUGAAGCUAGCAACACCCAAACAACCCCGGUUGAGGUCCACAUGAACUCGGUCUCUUCACUUCCCGUGUCAUCGAUGACGAGCUCCGUGGAUCAACUCCUCCAGGAGCAUAUAGACAUGUUCCUCGCCACCAUCGCCUCCAGACGGGUAUCAGACAUGUCCAUGUCUUCCGGUAAAAGUGGAUCAGCCUCCAGGUCACUCAGGAGCAGUGAAGAAACUCCCAAAGCUUGUCACAGAACACUAAGCAACAGGUCCACCCAGAACCUUCCAACUCCAAACUGUGCUCUGGGUUUAGCUGGAGCUCAAAAUGAGCCACGGACACGGUCUGUAAACUCAAGAGGCAGUUUGAACAGGACCGCAGAUUUAAGCUUGAGUGGCACGCACUCCAGUGGCUUUGUACCUUCGGCAGUUCUGGCAGCCGGCGGUGCAGGUCAACAGGUGCCUGCAGAGUCUCAAAGUCGGACAUCCGACGCGUCUGGAGAUGGGAUACAGAGCUCCAGUCGAAGCAGGCUUCGGAAAACAUCUAGCACAAGUACAGGAACUGGACUGGAGUUGGACGUUUUUAGUCAUCUUUUCAAAGAUGAAGAAAAUCAAUGAUAUUAUGAUAUUUUGCAUCUACCACAGAUGCUUUGUGGUAUUGUGAGCGCUAAAUACUUAUUACUCGUAGUGGAAGGCAAGUGUCUUAGGGAGUAUGAAUCAUGUUGAUAUGACGUUAAAUCACCCAGAAUGCACUUUGCUGAAGCUUAUAUAGUACAGUGUAGACUUGGAUCGGAAUCUUUUAGGAAAGCGCUGUCGAAAAGUCCACAGCUCAAUGUAGUGGUAAGUCGAAAUCAUAGAGAUAGGAUAAACCCAGUCAUGGUGGAGCAAUUCGGUUGUCGGCGUCUGCCAAGGGAAUACGAGUUAUGUCCCUUUACAUACGUAACAGUAUCUUCACACAAGCAGGUUUGUCCUUCAAAGCACAAUUUCAGUGUUAGGUUUACCAUUAUUCCCAUACAAAAGCCUUUAAUUCUAGUUUUCCACAAAGCAUUGGGUUUUUUAAAUUAGCGCUGAGACAAAUGUAAAUCCGGUUACUACAUUUGAGUUGUUGCUUCAUGGGACGGAGCCAUAGAUACAAUAUUGACACGGAUUACCUUUAGAUAUUUCAAUAAGACAAGCAUGGGGUUGGGGAGACAGUCAUUGUACGUGAGGCCAAGGUACUGUUGGCAAUCUUUUAGCUUGUUUGGUCAGUAAAUCUCAUUAUGACUACAGGUGGAACUGUAUGUAUUUUGUUAGGAACAUACAACUAUGUCUGGCAGUGAGAGAAAGUAAUUUUUGUGACA